AGUCUCCAGGUGUCACCAGGGCGGGAAGGUGCCCGACCGAGGGCGCAGAGCGGAGGGGCUCGGCCGUCCCCGCCCCGCAGGCCCGGAGUCAUCAUGGCCGCCGCGGAGGGGGCGGAGCAGCUCCGAGCCGGGCGGGGCCGCCGCCGGCGGAGCCAGUGCGCAGGCGCGGCCGCUCGGGUCCCCGGAUGAAGGAGCUGAGGUUCGCACCCCGUCUGGGAGGUCGAGACGGGCUGAUGCUGGGGACUCGGCGCCAGCGUGGGAGCCCGAAAGUUCUUGGGGGAGGGAAGUUGUCAAACGGAGGCGGAGGGAAACGAGGCGGAGGCCGCCGAGAAGCGGGGAGCCCCGCCCCUCCGCCAUAGCGGCCUCGGGGUGCCGCCUCUUCCUCUCCAGUCUCCCGCCCUCCCCUGCCUUCCGGCCCUGCGGCCGGGCCUGGCCCCGCCGCCCCCCUCGGAAAUAGCCCCUGGCCCUUCGGGGAGAGGAGAUCCCCGAUGCCCGCCUGGGCUGUGUCUGAAAGAGCGGGCUAGACGCGGCUCGCGACGGCCAGCGCGGCCUCUGGCCUCGAGGACCCCUGUUACAGCGAUCUCCCCACCCCACCGAGGGUGGUAGUCUUCCCCCGGAGUCCAGGGCUCCAAGUCAGCAGGCUCCCCUGUAUCUCAGGCCCUCCCUGCCCUCAGCACACCCAGCAAGAGCUUGCGCCGUCGUCGGACAAGACCGGGCUGGGUUAGGGAGACCUGGGUUGUAAUCCUGUUGUAGGAAGAGCGCAUCCCCUUUGGCCGGUGUGAGGCCUGCUAGGAAGACCACGAGGUUUCAGAAUUUAAAAAUGAAAGAAAAUGACGUUCUCCUUAAAUAUAGACUUGAGUGUGCCGCUUGACCCCAGUGAGCCUCAGUUUCCACAUCUAUAAAAAUGGCGAUGGGCUACAAGUCUCCUGUGGUCGCUGGGGCUAGAGCUUGACUCUGGAGAGAGGAAGGAAGAAUGGCAGCCUGGUGAAGAGGCAGAGAAGCCUCAGGGAGCUCAGUCCUGGCAGCAACACCCCUGAAUUCCUGUGGUGAGAGGAUGUGGCCCCUGGACCCGUCCCGAAAAGAGGUGCUGAGGUUUGCGGUCAGCUGCCGGGUCCUGACGCUGGUGCUACAGGCUCUCUUCAAUGCCUUCAUCCCAGAUCACCACGCAGAAGCCUUCUCUCCUCCUCGCCUUGCCCCCUCGGGCUCUGUGGACCAACUCGUGGAAGGUCUUCUGGGUGGCCUGUCUCACUGGGAUGCUGAACACUUUCUCUUCAUUGCUGAGCAUGGCUACCUGUAUGAGCACAACUUUGCCUUCUUCCCUGGUUUCCCCCUGGCCCUGUUGGUGGGGACUGAAUUGCUGAGACCCCUGCGGGCGUUACUGAGCCUACGGAGUUGCCUGUUAAUCUCAGUAGCAUUGCUCAAUUCCUUGUUCUCUAUCCUGGCUGCACUUGCACUUCACGACCUGGGCUGUCUGGUUUUGCACUGUCCCCGCCAGGCCUUUUACGGAGCACUGCUUUUCUGCCUCAGCCCUGCCAAUGUCUUCCUGGCUGCUGGUUACUCAGAGGCUUUGUUUGCCCUCCUGACAUUCACCGCCAUGGGGCAGCUGGAAAGGGGCCGAAGCUGGACUAGUGGACUCCUCUUUGCCCUUGCUACUGGUGUACGCUCCAACGGGCUGGUGAGCAUUGGCUUCCUUGUGCAUUCUCAGUGCCAAGGCUUUUUCUCCUCUCUCCUGGUGCUGAAUCCUCUGAGACAGCUCUUGAAGCUGGUGGGCUCCGUGUUCCUGUCUGUGCUCACACUUGGGCUUCCCUUUGCCCUCUUUCAGUAUUAUGCCUACACCCAGUUCUGUCUGCCAGGCUCAGCCCACUCCAUCCCUGAGCCCUUGCUGCAGUUAGCUGUGGACAAGGGCUACCGGAUUGCAGAGGGAAAUGAACCACCGUGGUGCUCCUGGGAACUUCCUCUAAUAUACAGCUAUAUCCAGGAUAUCUACUGGAAUGUUGGCUUUUUGAGAUACUAUGAGCUUAAGCAGGUGCCCAAUUUUCUGCUGGCUGCACCAGUGGCUAUACUGGUUACCUGGGGAACGUGGACGUAUGUGACCACCCACCCUUGGCUCUGCCUUACACUUGGGAUGCGAAGGAACAAGAGCGAUGAGACUCGAGAGAAGCCUGAUCCGGGAUUCCUCAGUCCUCGGGUGUUUGUGUACCUGGUUCACGCUGCAGCACUGCUGCUAUUUGGCAGUUUGUGCAUGCACGUUCAGGUUCUCACCAGGUUUUUGGGUUCCUCCACUCCUAUUGUGUACUGGUUUCCAGCUUACUUGCUUCAGCAUCAAGAGCCACUGCUGAGAUCUCUAGAGACUGUGCCUUGGAAGCCUCUUGCAGAAGACUCCCCACCAGGACAAAAAGUCCCCAGAAAUUCUAUCAUCGGACUUUUGUACAACUGGAAAACCUGUUCUCGAGUCACACGAUGCAUUCUAGGCUACUUCCUGACUUACUGGCUCCUGGGACUACUCCUACAUUGCAACUUCCUGCCUUGGACAUGACCUGGAGUCUCAGGGGACAGACUUGAAGCCAACUUAACCAGGAAUCUGAAAGUACAAAUAUAUAAAAACACUGCCUGCA